CUGCUCCUGGUGGUUGUUGCUGGUGUUCGUGGCUUCCUGCAGAUCUCAAAAACUUGACUUUCCGUUGAUUUCAAAGGUUAUGAGCAAGACUUAUGAUCCAUAAAAGAUGUCAGAAGCUGUCCAUCCAAGAGAAGAGGGCUCUGACGCUACAGAUACCACGAAAAAAUCGUCAAAAAGGAAGAACGAUGAAAAGAAAAGAGCGACAUCUGUUUAUUCAAGAUCUAUUAACCAUGCCAACUGUCAACUCCUGGGACCAGCACCUGCACACAAACUUGGUCCAAGAGCUUGUCUUUUGGUAGCCAGAGAUUUUCACAGUGAUGACAUCGAGAAAGACUUAUUUUUGCAAGAUCCAACAAGCCAGUUUUUGCACUGGAAGAAUUGUCCAGAGAAUGUUCUUAUUAUAAAAAAAGUUAAUGAUGUGGAAGUGACUGAAAAUGCAAAGCAACUUGCAAGAUGGCUUGUUGAGGAGAAAAGCAUGAAUGUUUUUGUGGAAAAUAAUGUGUUGGAAGAAGAAGAAAUUGCAGAUGAUGAAAGUUUUAGAAACAUAAAGGAAAAGUUAUUGGUGUAUAGAAAAGAUGGUGAUGGAGAAGAGCAAUGUAAUGUUGAUCUAAUAAUAUGUCUUGGAGGUGAUGGAACAUUGAUUCAUACAUCAUCAUUAUUUCAGGAGAGCUGCCCACCAGUGGUAUCAUUUCAUCUUGGGACACUUGGGUUCCUAAUGACCUUCGACUUUGACAACUUCAAGCAAAUAAUUACCCAAACACUUAAGGGUAAGGACUUAUCUCACCAUUUCACCCUAGAUUUUCAAACUGAGUGUACCAUCAAAGUCACAGAUUCAAAAAAUAUGUUUGAACAAAGCUUCAACAAAGAUAUGACAUGGGCAUGGCUGGAAGCUGAUACAGUAUGCAGACUGGCAGAGUAUAACAUCAAUUCUAGACAAGAUGUUGUGCAUGGAAAGUCAUUUCAGAUGUCAGAAGCUGGCCAUUCAAGAGAAGAGGGCUCUGACGCUACAGAUACCACAAAAAAAUCGUCAAAAAGGAAGAACGAUGAAAAGAAAAGAGCGACAUCUGUUUAUUCAAGAUCUAUUAACCAUGCCAACUGUCAACUCCUGGGACCAGCACCUGCACACAAACUUGGUCCAAGAGCUUGUCUUUUGGUAGCCAGAGAUUUUCACAGUGAUGACAUCGAGAAAGACUUAUUUUUGCAAGAUCCAACAAGCCAGUUUUUGCACUGGAAGAAUUGUCCAGAGAAUGUUCUUAUCAUAAAAAAAGUUAACGAUGUGGAAGUGACUGAAAAUGCAAAGCAACUUGCAAGAUGGCUUGUUGAGGAGAAAAGCAUGAAUGUUUUUGUGGAAAAUAAUGUGUUGGAAGAAGAAGAAAUUGCAGAUGAUGAAAGUUUUAGAAACAUAAAGGAAAAGUUAUUGGUGUAUAGAAAAGAUGGUGAUGGAGAAGAGCAAUGUAAUGUUGAUCUAAUAAUAUGUCUUGGAGGUGAUGGAACAUUGAUUCAUACAUCAUCAUUAUUUCAGGAGAGCUGCCCACCAGUGGUAUCAUUUCAUCUUGGGACACUUGGGUUCCUAAUGACCUUCGACUUUGACAACUUCAAGCAAAUAAUUACCCAAACACUUAAGGAAAAUGUUGGAUUGACACUGAGAUCAAGAUUAAAAUGCAAAGUCAUCCAAGAAAAAGAUGGGGAAAAUACUGUCCUUGCAGAGCAUUUGACACUUAAUGAAGUUGUGAUUGACAGAGGAAGAACUGCCAGUCUUGUUAUCUUAGAUAUCCUUUGCAAUGGACAACAUUUGACUAAAAUUUCUGGGGAUGGUUUAAUUAUUGCCACGGCAACUGGAAGCACUGCAUAUUCAGCUGCAGCAGGGGCAUCAAUGGUGCAUCCAAGUGUUCCCUGCAUAAUCAUUACCCCUCUUUGUCCUCAUUCUCUGUCUUUUCGCCCAAUAAUAGUGCCAGCUGGAGUAGAGCUCAAGGUUAAAAAAACACCUGAAAGUCGUUCUUGUGCUUGGGCGUCAUUUGAUGGUCGAAACUCAGUUGAAAUCACUGAUUCUAUACUCGUACGAUUAACAACAUCAAUCUACCCACUGCCUUGUGUCAGCCAUAAAGAUCACCUCAGAGACUGGUUUGACGGUUUAGCUGAAUGCUUGCAAUGGAAUACAAAAGAUUUUGGUGUCAGAAGACGAAAGAAUGAUAUACCUUAGCUAUGCAUUUGGAGAAUGCAUCUAAACACUUUGUCGAGCAAAUGCUAAUCUGUGCAUUUAAGAUACGUGUAAUUUUCUUUUCAUAUAAUUGAUGGUGCACACAAUGUACACGGGCAGUUCAUGAGCUUCUCAUUGUAAGUUUAAAGUAAAAUAUAAGCACCAAUGCUAUGGGAUAAAAAGUGAAAGUGGCGUCAGAGACAUGAAAGAAACUUCUCUGGAAUUAAUUUCUGGCUUAAAUUACCGUAAAUCCUCGAAUUGCCCCCCUCGAAAAAGUCCCCCCCCCUGGAAUAAGCCCCCAACUAUAAAUUGUCAUUAAGCCCCCCCCCCCUUGAAAAGAGCUUUCUGCUACCGUAAAUUCUCGAAUUGGACCCAUCAAUUUGAUGAUUUUUGCCAUCUAAGGUUGCCUAAUGGAGUUUUAUUGAAUUGCCACAACAAUUUCAUACUUUUGGUAGGAAUUAAUUAAAUGCUCAUAAAGAAAUUCCUACCGAAAUAAACAAGGUCUUUCAAUAAUGUCUUCUUAAUGUCUACACCAAUUUGAUUAAACCAAUCCCCCCCCCCCCAAAUAUGUCCCCAUCCAAAAAUAAAAAAGCCCCUAGGUGGCUAAUUCAAGGAUUUACGGUAUUCAGUAUUUAGGACAUAACAUUUGAUUGAAAUAUUUUUGUAAUUUACAAUAUCAAAAUAUAUUCAUAGAUAUUUUUCAGGCUUAUAUAAAGACACGUUUAUAAUUACUUGGAACUGAGUAAUAUCCUGUCUGGUAUACAGUUGGUUUUCGUGCACCUCACUCUCAUUAAUCAUGCACUAAUUAGUUUAAAUGAAUCAAUAAAAAAUACCCAAGGUAACAAACCAAUUGGAUCUAGUAUAUAUCUUGAUUUAAGAAGGUCUUUAUAUACAUGUCAUUAUGAAAAACUUUCUAGCACACUUGACCACCAAGUAAUCUGAGAAAUAGCAUUUACUUUGCAACUGGAUAAAGCAUCUAUCACUAAUGGUUAAAAUUGAAGCAAUCUUGAUUUUAUGUGUUGUUCCACAAGGAUUUAUUCUUGGUCUGUUACUUUUUCCUUUACACAUAGAUGAUAUUUUACAGGAAUCUUCUGAAUUCUCACUUGCUCUUUUCGCAGAUGAUACUAGCAUUUAAUAUAAAUUAGGAAAUGUAGAGCAACUUUGAAAAGUUAUACAUAAAGAGAAAAAACAUGCCGAAAGGUAGCUUGGUGCAAUCAAACUGCCUCUGGAAUUAUUGUGAGGGAACUGUCUUACAAUGUUUACAUCAAACCAAUAUUCAUCCUUCAAAUAAAGAUUAUACAAACUUUUUCCUUUGAAAAUCACACUGCUUUGCUUCUUGAUCUCCAGCUUCUUUUGCAAAAGAGACUUCAAAUGAAAAAGUGUAUUUCCCCAUCUUGAUUCUAUGGCUUUUUCAUAACUUUUGCUAAUUUAUCAAUAUGACAUGAAUUUCAGCCAUGAAUUUCGGGUAUCAAAUUAAGAACCAUUUGAGCCAAAGUACAUUUGAGAACUUCCAAAUUUUAGCAUAUCCUCAAGUUGUGUUACUUAUAACUUUCCUAUUUUAAAUUUUAAAACGUUUUGGUUUUGCCAAAUAGGUGCUCCCUCCUCAAUUAAUUUACAUAUUGUGAGAGCUCUUAAAGAAAUUCCCUGCAUAAAAAUCCUUCCUAUAAAGUAGUCAUUAUUUCAUCAAAACUGUCCUUUUGUUGUUGUUGUGAUUUGGAUCUUGUGGCUACUUUAAUUGCAUUUGUAUGAAGUGGAAUUUUAAAAUAACUAUUGACUAAAUUGAGAAAAAUUGACACAUAGGAAAACAUCUGAUUGAAGUAAUUCAUUUUUUGGAAGUUACUUUGAAUUACUUGACAGGUCAUGUUAGCAUUGGACAGCAGAAAAAUUAAAUAAAGAUCUUCAAGUUGAAUACAUCAGACGCUUGUAACUGGAAUCUCAAAAAUCCUAUUUUUUUAGUAGCAAAUACGUUUAAGGACUUCUUGUAUUCAACUCAUGGAACUUUCAAGAAAAAGGGCCUAUUGAAAAAAAUUACAGAUUAAGUCUAGAGAAUUUGAAUUUCAAAAUAAAUCCACUGUUUAGAUUUUCAAAUGUAAGCAACAUUUAUACAUAAAUUCUCUCAAAGAUAGAGUGAAAAGUUUUUUCAUGAUCCACUAUUGAUAAAAUGAUAAUGUAAUAGAAAUUAUUUGUCACCCGCCCUGGAGAAGAUUCACAAAACAAUGCUAUUUGGAAGGGAACUGUUUUUUCCUUCCUCUAUAUGCUGCAUAAGAUGAGAUACUAUUACAAUAAAAUUGACAUACUUCUUGCAAAUUCCAUUUUCAGUGUACAAGCAAACGACAAAAGGUUGUUAAAUAACCGAAUGCCUUUGUUAUUUACGGUGCUGCAAGUUAACCAUCCAGAUUUUUAGUUAAUUCCUUUGAAUAAAAGGCUGAACACCGAGCUGACAUAGUCCAUAAUCAUAGCACUAAAUCCCAUAAAAAUUCAGCAUUACCAGACAUUAAAUUCCAUUAGCUUAAAAGCAAAGACAUCAAGACAUUUCUAUAUCAGAGUUAGUUAAAGCUACUUGUAUAGAACAGGACAGUUCUAAGUGGUUUUGAGAGAAUUUACAGCUCUGCCUACAUUGUGCACUUCAUGACAGACAGAUACAUAGUAAUUUUCAUUAACAGUUGAUAUAUAUUUGAAGCUUGAGUAAAUGUUCCUCUUGUUAAAACAGUAAAAUAUAACUUAAAUAUAGUUUAACUACAACAUAGAUAAAUAUAAUAGACAGUUACUGCUGAUCCAAUAAGAAAUGUGACUGACAAAACAUGGCAUAAAAGAAGACAAGCACCAAAACAAAAAAAUUCAGUUAUAUCAGAUUUCAUCACUUCUUUGUCAAUAAAAAGGUGCUAAAUGACAAUUUUCUGGCUUAUAUUUCUGGGUCUGUAAGGGAAACAAAUACUAGACUGGAUCUUUCUGAGAUAUUUCCAAGUUCAUGAAUUCAUUGGUUUUGUACCAACAGCUGCUUCUUCACCCAUUGAAGUUAGAAUGGUAACAAGAAUUGAUUCACCCAAAUCAAAUUUUGACUGUAUUUCCUUGCCACAAUCAUUUUCUGGUACUCUGACAUCUUCUUUCUGGUCCCCAUUAUCAUCCAUUAAU